AGAGUGGCCGAGUACGAUGAAGGUGGCCGUGUACGUACCCAGAAAAGCUGUCAUCAAUACGAUGAGGCUUUAUGGUGGACCCAUUGAUUACAUUCUCUUUGAAGUUACUGAAUUCGGCAAUCUUGAUCUAUACGGUCGUCUCAUGACUGAAAAAAAGUAUGCAAAAAUUGUUCUCCCUUCUCAUACUUUAAUACUAUUCACAACUGAAAGCAAGCACUGCUACUUAGGAUCAGUUUUCAAAGGGGAUACGAUAAUUGUUGAACAUCUCUGAAGGGUGCAUUGGGUCUGAAGAAGAGAUAGAAGUACCAACUUUGCAGAACUAAUUUCUAUUACCUGGGAGGCUUGUGGCGCUAAGAAACUUUGUUGUUUAUGAAUAUUUGUUUCGACAUUCUAUAACAUAGGUUCU